AUGUCAAACAGAAUAUGCACUCGUUCCUUUGUCACAGAUUCUAAAAUAAAAAAAGUUGUGAUCAUUGGAGGAUCCGGGUUUAUAGGCAAAUACGCUGCUAAAGCUUUUAUUCAAGACGCCAGGACAUCUAUUGAGUUGGGUGCAAGAAACCCUAAAGUUGUCAAUGAACUUCAAUUACUAGGAAAUCAAAUAUUACCUCCUGUUUCAAGUGACAUAACGUCUCGAUCGGAUGUUUUAAGAACAUGUGAAGAGGCGAAUGUUAUCGUAAACCUUGUUGGUAUAAUGCACGAACGUCCUCCAACUUAUUCCUUUGAAAAUGUCCACCAUCUCGGAUCACGUAAUGCUGCUAUUGCCGCUAAAGAAAAUAACGCUCAAUUGGUUCAUGUUAGCGCCAUUGGAGCUGAUCCAAACAGUGACAUUCCAUAUGCUAGAACAAAAGGUGAGAUUGCCGUACGCGAAAUUUGUCCCAAUGCAAUCAUUUUGCGUCCAAGUAUAGUUUUUGGUCCAGAGGAUGAUUUCUUUAACAGAUUCGCGAGAUUAACUAAAGUUUUGCCAUUUAUGCCGGUUUUUGGUGGAGGGAAAACAAAAUUUCAACCGGUUUACGUUUGGGACAUAGCCAAUGCAAUAGUCAAAUCAAGUUCGGAUCCGAAGUUUCACGGUAAAACGUUCGAACUUGGAGGUCCAAAUGUGUACACGUAUAGAGAAAUUAUGCAAUUGACACUUGACCAAGCAGGAGUAAGACGUCCAAUCAUUUCCUUACCUUGGACAAUGGGUAUGAUUCAAGGAUUCUUUCUUGAAAAAUUACCACCAAAUUUAUUCACUCUUACACGUGAUCAAGUUAAACUCCUUCGUAAGGAUAAUAUUGUUUCAGAUGAUCCAAAUAUCCUGACCUUCAAAGAUUUGAAAAUUGAGCCCACUUCAGCUGAAAAGAUUUUAUUUACGUACCUAAGAGAACAUGACGUAACGCCGAACAAAAGAACGCAUCGAUUCAUUAACAGAUCAGUUGAAGAGGAAAUUGAAGAAAUAAAAAGGGUUAAAAAUCAAACACCAAAGAAAGCCCUAGAAAAAGAAGCCGAAUUUAAAAAAUUACAUGAAACAUUGGAUAGGAAACAACAAUAA